UGCGCCUCAGUAUCAUUCUAUCUCUCUUUACUAGUCUAUCAACUAUAACACUAUGUUUUCUAUUACUAGUCUCAUAUUCGCGUGUCUAAUAUAUUACGGUGCCCAUGGUUUGUCACGCCCGCAAAUCGUCGGCGGCAUCGAUGCUCCGGACGGCCUGUAUCCUUAUCAAGUAUCAUUGAAGGAUUCUUACACUAAAACACAUCGCUGCGGUGGAGCUAUCGUUAGCAAAAGAUAUAUUAUUACCGCGGCGCACUGUUUGGAAUUGAUUGGUCCGUACUAUCCACACAAUGUUGACGUUGACGUUGGAAGCAAUCUUCUUUAUUCUCAAACUACAUAUGAAGCAGAGGAGCUAAUAAUCCACCCUAAUUAUAACAGAACGCUAGCCAUUAACGAUAUUGGUUUAAUUAAGCUAAAGAAAGACAUCAAAUUUAAUAGCAACACCAAACCGAUAGCUUUAGUAUCUUCCGACAAGAAUUUUGAUGGAGUUGGAGGUUUAAUAGUUACUGGUUGGGGAAAUACUUCGCCGGACGGCCCUACUCCAGAACAUCUGCAACAAAUCGUAGUGACGGGAUAUUCUCAAGAGACGUGCGCCCAUACGUACGACGAUAUCAGCGAACGUCAAGUAUGCACUCUUCUAGCGUUGGGUAAAGGAAUAUGCAGUGGUGAUUCCGGUGGUGCGCUUAUUUACAAUGGCGAACUAGUUGGCAUUGCGUCCUUUGGUAGAGAAGGACCAUGCGCCGCGGGCUUUCCGGAUGUGUUCACUAGGGUGUUCCACUACAGAGACUGGGUCAACAAAUAUAUUAAUGCAGGCUGCAACCAACAAUUAAACAUCCUUCUCGGACUUUUUACGAUGUAUCUGUGUAUACAUUCAUUUUCGUAGAGACAUAUUUUAUUGCACGCGCUUGUGAUCGAUCAGUUUUUGUUAUUGAUGAAUAUUGCAUAAGGAUGUAAAUGAAAAUCUUAAGAAAAAAUUGUAUCGUUACGAAUAAUGUUUUAUAAGUUAUAAAAUUUCUCUUCUAUUACAGGUAA